UAUCGAGCCCACACGGGGUAGUGCCGCCGCCGCCGUCGGCCGCACGUGAUGCAUGCGGGCACCUAGCGGCUGCACGCGCGCGGGCCUCAUGGGCACCGUGCUGAGCUUCAGCCCGCGCGAGCGGCGCCUGCCCCAGGCCGCACCGCCGCCCGAUCGCGCUGCCGCGGCGCUUGCCUACUCCUACGAGCGGCUCAACAACGCCAAAAACCGCGAGAACCGUGAUAUCCCGCCGCACGAGCGUCGCGCCACUCUCGACGAUGCCGCCAAGAUUAUAUCAGAGAAGACAGCCCUCGAAAAGAACCUAAAGAAGCAUUCGCUGUUUAUAAACGCGCUCUCGUGGAAGAGAUUCUCUACGGCCAACAACAACAAAAAGAAGCUAGAAUGCAAGAGCAAGAGUGUGGCUACUUUCCGCGCGCCGUUGACGGACAAUGCACCGCUCGACAGGAACAAGAAUGUCAGCGUGCAGGGCGUGAUAUAUGCGCGGCCUACGGUGGUGCCUACGCCGCUGCCGCCACCCGCCGAGGUGGUGCGGGCCAACGUACUCAACAACAACGUUUGCUACGCGGAGAAAUUGCCCACAACGGCGGUAGGGCCGGUGGUGCAACCGCGGAAAACCGUCAUCCAGGCGUCGACAUCGGAGCUGCUCAAGUGCCUCGGCAUGUUUCUGCAUGCGCGUUGCCACCGCCUGCGCGACUUCCAAGCGGGCGACGCCGUUAUGUGGCUACGAACCGUCGACCGCUCGCUGCUGCUGCAGGGCUGGCAGGACGUGGCGUUCAUCAACCCUGCGAACGUGGUCUUCGUCUACAUGCUGGUUCGUGAGCUGGUGGACGGAGACCGUAUAGGUCGCCCCCAGGACCUGCAGGCCGUGGUCCUCACCUGCCUCUACCUCUCUUACUCCUACAUGGGCAACGAGAUCUCAUACCCGCUCAAGCCUUUCCUGGUGGAGGACUCCAAGGACAAAUUCUGGGACCGCUGCCUUCUCAUCGUUGAUAGACUAUCCUUCAACAUGCUAAGAAUUAAUUCUGAACCUGGUUUCUUCACUGAAGUGUUUACCGAGUUGAAGGCGUGUGGGGCAGUGGAGACUCCUCCCCCUGCGCCACCACACCCUGCGCCGCCACCGCCGCCCGCGCAUGCGGUCACGCCUGCCUGACAUACAGAAGUAGCCGUCUUGCGGUUGGCUCUAACCGACCGUCCCAGUCGGGUUUGAUGUCGGCUCUAUAACUCUGAAGCUAUUGGUCAAUCGUCCUCGAUUUGAAUAUCGAAUGUCUCGAGUAAGAUGUCCUUCCAAAACGAUGACACUGAAAAGUUCUGAUCAAACCAAGGAAACAAUGAAAUAACGCCUCCAAUUAGAACUAUGGUGGAAAAACGCAGCCUAAAUUACGCGCGUGCAAUUUUGUUACAUCAUGCCGUGUGUUGUGACGUUUUUUAUGACGGUUGUAAUUUAUUAUUAACAUACGUAAUUUAAGCUGCGUUUUCUUCGUUAAAUUUCGAUUGGGUGUAAAAGUAGGUACCCACUCGGGUAUUAUUACCAAAUGAUUACCAAUUACUUUAGUAAUUGAAAAUGAGUACCAGUUACCAGAGAAAAAAAACGUCGACUACAUAUGAGACACAUCGCACAUGCGAUUUCAGCCACAUAUUGCCGUAAGAGGAAUGAAUAAUUAAAUUUAAAAGGAUUAAUUGUAGAAAAUUUAAUAGAAAAGGAUUGUAGAAUAAAAUAAGUAUUUAUAUGAUUAAGUCGCGGUUCAUAACUCUAUAAUUAUCGUGACAUUUUCAACUUUUAAAAUCGUCUAUAGAUACGCCUACUUUGCUCAAAAAAACCCUAGUUAUAUAACGUUGAUGAUUGACCAAAGCUUUGAAUAUUUUCCAUUAAACAAAAAACGGGCGUGACUAGUGCGUGUUUUGAAUGAUACGUGAGACAGAUAAUUCUGCGGCUCUUGAGCAGAAUCAUCGUCAGUCUUCGUCAUUAGAUAAUGUGAUAAGUUAAAUGUGUUAGGAUCCAUUGUUUUGUCCAAAACUUUAUACUAUCAGCACGUUUUAACGUUAACAUAGUGAUUACGCAACCAUUACGGAGAGUUGGCGAAUUCGAAUCAACGUUCGAAUACGAAAAUUUAAACUCAAACGUAGGAAACGGCCGUAGGCUGAGACUGUAAGGCUACCUCUCGCCAAAAGUUUUUGGUAUUAUAAGUGCAACUAAUUAUUUUCCGCAUCGAAUUUGUCACAAACAUAAAUAACGAACGAUAACGAUACUAAAACGAGCAACCAGUGGUGACCACUUACCGCUUUAUAAGUUGCAGAAAAUAUUUAGUACUCUAAUAAAUUGAAGUAAUAAGUAAAAUGCUCCCUUCGAUGCCUUUAAUCGAAGUGGUCAUUUGAUAUUAAUGUAUUGAUACUGCAUUUUUAUGUAUUGUCUGUAAUGUUCUCGUAGCUAAUUAUCUGAUAAUAUUACUUUCUUAGGCAGCUGAUCCAGCAGCGAUUGCUUAGUCCAAUAACAUCUGUUUAGUCAUUAAGAUAAUAGUUUCGUAACUGUAGUGAAUUGAUCGUAAUGCCAUUAUAGUUAGAAGAUAUAGGAAAAUGUCUGGCAGGCGGGAGGAUGCAAUAGUUCCGUGGAAUUAAUCCGGUAAAGCCCUUCUAUGAAGUGUACGUACAUAUGAUAUGGCCGACUUAAAGCUCGGAUUGACUUAUUUUGAGUCUUUGAAGUGUACUAAAAGGUAAUAUAUAGGUCAAAUUACGCGAACGAUUAAGCGUUUUGUACAGUGAUAAUGAUUAAAAUUAUACAUUAAGUCAUAAAAUUUACACUAGUCUGCGGGAAAGUGGACAUUAAGCAAGCUUGAAUGGCACUCGGGAUUUCAAAACGUCUUUAAAGAAUACAGUAACAAAAGCUAGCAGCAAGUCUCAGAAAGAAAAAUAAUGCGAAGAUUGUUAUUGAAUUGUAGGUGUUGUAAAAAUUACUUUUGGAAAGUAAAUUGCCAUAGAUGGAUCUUUUGAACACAAAUAUCAAUUAAAUAAAAAAAGCGUCGUACUUUAGCUUAUGUUACCAAAUUAGUGUCUUG